AGCUUCCCUCACUCCGCUUCCGAGGCUCGUGGAGGGAGGACGGAUAAACGGCGCGCCAGUGGUGCUGUGCUACCGGAUUUUGAUACCUGAAGGAAGUAGGGAAGGAGAGAAGGAGGGAAGACAUAAAGGAAAGGAGGGAUGCUACGGUGAUUUCCUCUCUUUUUUUCUCUCCUGACAGCCACCUCCUCACUACUCUUCAUCAUCACUUCAACCUAGGAGCCUUUUAAAGACUGAUCUUUUUUUUGUAUCCAUCAUUGACAAACGUUGGUUGGUUUGGUAUUCCUUUCCUCUGCGCUCCAGUGGAUAAAAACAGAAGAGGGAACAUUUAAGGGUUGGAGGAGAAACGACUUGGCUUUUCUGUAACCCUCCUCUUCUUCAAACGCACCCUGAGAGCAAAAACUGGGCUUUUAUGCAGUGGAUGUGUGGGACAUCUGAGAAAAGAAGCUAUUCUACUGGUGAAGUGAUCCUUUCCCUCUGGCUUGUAUGUAUUGGAGGUAAUUUCCUUGGAGAGACGGGUCGUGCGCGUGGAAUCUCUCUCACUUCCAAGAUCUGUGUCAACGUGCAGAGGAGAAAACUAUCAAAACAUCCAAGACCAGUAAUGAGCUAAAAGCUCUGUGACAAGAGGAGAGAGGGAGUGAAAGACGUGUGAAAGAGAGAGAAGAAGGAAGAAGGCAGUAACGUGGGGAUGAGUAUCUGCACCAGCAGGCCCCAAUCUCAGCUAAUGAACUAGGAAGUUCAUCAACAGCAUUUCAUCAGCCAAACCAGGAUACCACCUCAGUGGGAGCAGGGCUCCACUGAGAGGAAAUCACAGAGAAAGGGGAGGAGUGACGUGCACAGUUGCUAAGUUUGGGGUGAGAUGGCAAUGCUAAUGAUGAAGAGACAGGGCCUUGGACUGCUGAGGGCCUUUCUGGUGUUGGUGGGAGUGUCAGCGCUCUGUAGUGUUGCAUUAGGAACCCGGAGAGGGAAUGCUUCUUUGGACCACCGGGGCCACAAACACAGACAUUCAGGUCACUUGUCGCUGCACAGACACAGACAGAGGGCAGGAAAGGAGGGACAGGUACUCCACAGGUCCAAACGAGGAUGGGUCUGGAAUCAAUUCUUCGUCAUUGAGGAGUACACUGGUCCUGACCCAGUGCUGGUGGGCAGGCUCCACUCAGACGUAGACUCGGGUGACGGAAACAUCAAGUAUAUCCUGUCUGGCGAAGGCGCAGGGACCAUCUUUGUUAUUGAUGACAAGACAGGCAACAUUCACGCCACAAAAACUCUGGACCGGGAAGAGCAGGCUCAGUACACUUUAACAGCCCAGGCAGUGGCCAGAGACACUAAUAAGCCUCUAGAGCCUCCGUCAGAGUUCAUAGUGAAAGUUCAGGACAUUAACGAUAAUCCUCCUGAGUUUCUACAUGGGCCGUACUACGCCAGGGUGCCUGAGAUGUCUAAUGUCGGUACAUCAGUGAUGCAGGUGACAGCGACAGAUGCCGAUGACCCGACCUACGGUAACAGUGCAAGGCUGGUGUACAGCAUACUGCAAGGGCAACCGUACUUCUCUGUGGAGCCGCAGACAGGUAUAAUCCGUACAGCCCUGCCCAACAUGGACCGCGAGGCUCGCCAGGAGUACGACGUCGUCAUCCAGGCCAAAGACAUGGGUGGUCACAUGGGUGGUCUGUCAGGGACCACUGAAGUUAAAAUCACUCUGACAGACGUCAACGAUAACCCUCCAAAGUUCCCACAGAGUGUGUACCCCAUGUCUGUAUCAGAGGAUAAAGUGCCAGGAGAGGAGGUGGGACGCCUUAAGGCCAAAGACCCGGACCUUGGGGACAAUGGACUGGUGAACUACCGCUUAGUGGACGGAGAUGGGAUGAACAUGUUUGAACUGAGCACCGACUCUGAGACCAGAGAGGCUGUUAUUAAACUGAAGAAGCCUGUGGACUUUGAGACGAAAAGGUCAUACACUUUGAAGGUGGAAGGAUCCAAUCCUCAUGUUGACCCUCAAUUCCUCGCUUGGGGGCCGUAUAAAGAUGAAGCAACAAUAAAGAUAUCAGUGGAGGAUGCAGAUGAGCCUCCUGUGUUUGUAGCUCCUAGUUACACUUUUGAGGUAGAGGAGAAUGCGCCUGAAGGCACCCUGGUGGGACGAGUCCACGCCAAGGACACCGAUGUUGCCAACAAUCCUGUGAGGUACAUGAUCCCUCGAUACACAGAUGUGGAGCAGUUCUUCAGCAUAAACUCCGAAGAUGGCAUGAUCAUCACCACGAGACCACUGGACAGAGAAACACAGGCCUGGCAUAAUAUUUCUGUGUCAGCAACGGAGAUAGGAGGCCACCAUCAAGACACCAAAGUGCGUGUUAACAUCAGAGUGAAAGAUGUGAAUGACAACCCUCCAGAGUUUGCCACAAACAACGAGGUGUUCAUGUGUGAAUCUGUUGCUCCAGGGAAGGUCAUUGAAACAGUGAGUGCAGUGGACAAAGACGAAAUGGCUCACAGGCAACAUUUUACAUUCAGCCUAGCUCCAGAAGUUGCCCACAACAACAACUUUUCCCUCACAGACAACAGAGACAGCACAGCCAGCAUCUAUGUGCUCCGUAAGGGCUUCAGUCGUCUGAAUCAGGAUGUUUACUACCUUCCCAUUGAGAUAAACGACAAUGGGUUCCCUGCCAUGAGCAGCACCAACACCCUGACCAUCAGAGUGUGCUCCUGUGACAGCAAAAACACCAUCCUGUCCUGUAACGUGGAGCCCUACGUUCUCCCUGCAGGUCUCAGCACCGGGGCACUGAUAGCUAUACUGGCCUGUAUUGUCAUUCUGCUGGCAAUUGUGGUGUUGUUUGUUGCACUGAGGCGUCAGAAAAAGGAGCCGUUGAUAGUGUUCGAGGAGGAGGACAUCAGGGAGAAUAUUAUCACUUAUGAUGAUGAAGGAGGUGGUGAGGAAGACACUGAGGCUUUCGACAUUGCAACAUUGCAGAACCCCGAUGGUGCCAAUGGUUUCCUCCCAAGAAAGGACAUCAAACCAGAGCUUCAAUAUCCCAUCAGGCCUGGGAGUGGUCGUCCUGCAGCGAACAGCGUGGACGUGGAUGACUUCAUCAAGACUCGGAUUGCGGAGGCUGACAGUGACCCCACUGCACCUCCUUACGAUUCCAUUCAGAUCUACGGAUAUGAGGGCAGGGGAUCAUUGGCCGGGUCAUUGAGUUCCCUCGAGUCGGUCACAACGGAGUCUGACUUGGAUUAUGACUAUCUGCAGAGUUGGGGGCCGAGGUUUAAGAAGCUGGCAGAUUUGUAUGGGACCAAAGACUGCUCCAUAAAUGAUGGGGACGAUGGCGAAGACUCUUAACAGUGGUCUUACUGAGUGGACGCCCCUGACUCCGGAUUUAUUGAUUCCAUGAGGAUUUGUUAACUGAGGGUUGACUCUCCUCGAUACCUAAUUGUUACCGACUAGCACCUGAUCAGUUCAUGCCACUUGUCAACAGACGUUAACAGCUCUCCUUCUUGUGGCGCCUCCUUCAUCCUCCGGGAUGAUUUCUUAUUGAACGCUUGGACUCGAAUCCCAGCUUUUCCCCAAAUCUCCCCUUCCCUCCUGUAUCCCUUCCUCCUCCCUUUCUACAGACUUGACCAUUGCAGGGCUGGGAGAUUUGAUAUGUCACCAGUCUGAGGGCAAAUUGAUGGGAAAGAUGUGUUGCUGUAUGAUCAAAAUGACUUGCUUACUGCUAAUCGUUUAGUUUCCUAGAGGUUCUAUAUACUUUGUGGACUGGAUUCACAUGCUUCCUCAAUGGUUCCUGAGAGAGUUAAUUCCAUUUAAAGGUUCCUGAAUGGGGUUCAUUAUCCUUAGUUGCUCUGUUUGUGGUGUUUUUUCAGACCCACAGAAAACAAGGAAGUAAGAGAUGGAAGCAAAAUAAAAGAAAAAGUUAGUACAGGAUCCAGCAACAACUGUGGGGUGUUAGAAAGAAAAAUACAGAUAAUGAUGUUUCAGUAGGG